CCGCCCAAGGAGUUCUACUCUGCGAGUUGACUAGCCCGAGUUUGGAUCGCCAGCAACAUCCAAAGCCAUUCGUGGAAAUUUGAAUCCGGCGGCCAACCCACCCUUCACCGCCGUUUGAUCUUCCUCCUACGCCGCCUUCUCUCCCUCCGGCAUCAAUUAUGACUCGAAUCGUUCUUUUCUGGGUACUUGUAGCAGCCGCCUUAUCAUCGGUUCCCCCCUCCGCCGCCGCUUCUCGGAACGAUCAUCGCUACAAUGUGGGGGAUCGCGUCCCCUUAUUCGUCAACAAAGUGGGUCCUUUGAACAAUCCCAGUGAAACCUACGAAUACUUUGACUUGCCUUUCUGCUGCUCAGAUUACUUGGUCAGAAAGAAGGAAUCGCUUGGGGAAGUUUUAAGUGGUGACCGCUUAACCAAUGCUUUAUAUGACUUGAAAUUCAGGGAGGAAAAAGUUGGGGAGAUUUUGUGCCACAAGAAACUUGAAAGAGAUAAUAUUGCUAAAUUCAGGCAUGCUAUCAUUAAUGAGUAUUAUUUCCAGAUGUACUGCGAUGAUCUUCCCUUAUGGGGUUUCAUUGGGAAGGCUGAAGAUGAAAGCUGGGCAUUCCAUGAAAAGGGUCCCAAAUACUAUCUUUUUACUCAUGUUCAGUUCAAUGCUCUCUAUGAUGGUGACCAAAUUAUAGAAAUAAGUGCUUUUAGCGAUCCAAGUCAUGUUGUUGAUAUAACUGAAGACAUGGAGACUAGUGUUAAGUUCACUUAUUCUGUCUUCUGGAAUGCAACCUCCAUGCCGUUUGAGAACAGAAUGUACAGAUAUUCAAGGGCUUCCUUACUGCCAACACACCGGCGGAUACAUUGGUUUUCAUUCAUUAACUCAGUUGUGAUCAUUGUGCUAUUAAUGGGAUUGCUCAUGGUGCUUUUUAUUCGGCAUAUCAAUAAUGAUUUAAAGAAGUUUAUUAAUGGAGACGAAGAAGAUAAGGAGGUUGGCUGGAAGUACAUUCACAAUGACGUAUUCAGAUGUCCUCCACAAAUGCCCUUAUUUUGUGCUAUUCUGGGCACUGGAACCCAGUUGUUGACACUGGUUGUCAUUUUAUUUGCUAUGGCAUUUCUUGGCGUCCUCUAUCCCUACAGCCGUGGAGCUCUAUUGACUUCUCUUGUGGUGAUAUAUACUCUUACGUCUACAAUUUCUGGCUACAUCUCAGCAUCAUUUUGCUGUCAGUUUACAGAAACUGGAUGGGAAAGAAGUGUCCUUCUAGCUGGGAUUCUCUACCUGGGUCCAUUGUUUCUAGUGGUGUCUAUCCUCAACACAAUUGCAAUAAUUUAUAGGGCCACCGCGGCAUUUCCAUUUGGGACUAUAGUGGUGAUUUUUCUUGUAUUCACGGUUGUUAACAUCCCCUUACUUGCCUUAGGCGGCGUAAUUGGGCACCGUUUUCAACCUGAACUGCAUGCACCUGCUGCAGCAAAGGGAUUUGCAAGGGAGAUUCCACCAUCAACUUGGUACAGGAAAACACCUUGUCAAAUGUUUCUUGGGGGUUUUUUACCCUUCAGUGCAAUUGUCCUCGAGCUGCACAACCUGUAUGCAAGCAUGUGGGGCUACAAGAUCUUCACUCAUUCCAGGGUUCUGCUUGUGAUGUUCGUGAUCCUACUCAUACUCGUUGCAAUUUUGAGCGUUGGUUUGACAUACAUUCAGUUGACUCUGGAAGAUCAUGAAUGGUGGUGGAGAUCAAUUUUGCGUGGGGGCGCCAUCGCCAUAUUCAUGUUUGGCUAUUCCAUCUACUUCUAUGCCAAAUCAAACAUGAGGGGUCUUCUGCAGCUAUCCUUCUUCUUUGGGUACAAUGCUUGCUUGUGCUAUGCAUUCUUCCUGAUCCUUGGUACAAUUUCUUUCUGGGCUUCUUUGUUGUUUGUUCGUCACAUAUACCGGGCUGUUAAGAACGAAUGAGUGAAGUUUAUGCAUUUGGGCUGAUGUCUAUUUUCUAUUGGAUUGCCAACAAUCAAGUUUUGUAGCAUCUUGAGAUUACCCUGUUCAAGACAGAUUGAUGGAAUGAAUGAUCAGCGACAAUGAUUCCAUUUUAGUGUUUCUCUUUUACUGAACUGGGUAGAGCUGAAGUCAAUGAGAUCACAAAUAAUUAUUAUGUGUUAAUACUUGAAAAUACUUUUGUUAGGAUAAUUCUAUCAAUUUGCCGUCGAGGAUCUUUUGUAU